AACUGUUUUCCUACAGUUAAAUUGUCGCAUUCAAUCGGUGUUCACACGCAGUGUUUUGUGUAAUUCGACCUCAUCUCCCCUUAAAAAAAGGUGAAAAAUGUCUGACGACACGAGCAACUUAUUGUUACUGUUCCAGAAGCCAUUAGAGCCAGUGUUUACCGUGAAAGACAACGGUAAAACUGCUUUCGAUUUGCCGGAUGAUUACUACACCGACCGUUACAAGCCAAUCGGAUCUGAACUUGCCUCUCGAUUCGGCGACGAUGUGGAAAAGAGAGUGUCACUGGUGCCGGUGGCACCACCAGAUCUAUCAUUCGCUGAACCCCUAAAGAGGACAGCCGGUUUUUCACUGUUCAAUCAGAAACAUAAAGAAAUUGCCGCCCAAUUGACGAAGAUCUUUCUGGACGCACCGAAUGCUGCGUCACUGCUAUCGACGGCAGCCUAUGUGAAGGAUCGCGUAAAUAUUUAUUUGUUCCAGUAUUCGUUGUCCGUUGCUGUUCAACAUCGUCAGGACACUCGAAAUAUCGAUUUGCCAUCCAUUGUGCAAACGUUCCCGGACCAGUUCGUUGAUCCGUCGGCAUUUCCGAAAGCUCGUGAGGAACUAGCGCUGGUUUCGCAAGAGAAUCGAAUGAAUAUCGAUAUACCGCUGAAUUUCACGGCUACCGACAAGGAGGCAGAGCAACGGAUGGGCUAUUUUCGGGAAGACAUCGGAGUCAAUAUGCAUCACUGGCAUUGGCAUUUGGUCUAUCCUGGAGAGGGCGACCGCAGAGUCGUUGACAAGGAUCGUAGAGGUGAACUCUUCUACUACAUGCACAAUCAGAUCAUCAAUCGCUACAACGUCGACCGAAUGUGCAAUGGUCUGGAGCGUGUGAAGCCAUUGACCAAUUUGCGUGUCCCUGUGCCGGAAGCCUACUUUCCGAAAAUUAUCCGCAGUUCGAACAAUCGAGCAUAUCCACCGCGGCACGCAAAUUCUAUGCUAAGCGAUGUGAAUCGUCCCGGCGACAAUACGAUCGUUGAGUUGGGAGAUAUUGAACGGUGGCGAGAUCGCAUUUACCAGGCCAUCGAUCAGGGAUAUGUGGUUGAUGGUGGUGGUCGGCAAAUAUCGUUGUUAGGCGACGAUGGAAUUGACAUUCUGGGUAAUGUGAUCGAGGCGAGUUCUCUUUCGCCGAAUCGAUUGCUCUAUGGAAAUUUGCACAACGAAGGGCACAACGUGAUUUCGUUCGUUCACGAUCCGGAUCAAAAGUAUUUGGAGGAGUAUGGUGUGAUGGGAGAUGUUACAACGGCCAUGAGAGAUCCCAUAUUUUAUAGAUGGCACAGCUUCAUCGAUGGCGUGUUUGCUCGCUAUAAGAAGAACAUCGCUCCGUACCACGCCGAAACCGAACUAAUGUACAACGGCGUUACCGUGACAUCGGUUGGCGUUCAAAUAACAAAAUCGAAAAGCGCUAAGCAGAACGUUCUGUUGACCUAUUGGCAACGAUCGGAUGUCGAUUUGAGCGCCGGUCUCGAUUUCGGAAGGGACGGAAAUGUCUACGCUCAAUUCACCCACUUACAACACGCUCCUUUCGAGUACACGAUUAACGUGGAGAAUAGUAGUAGCGCUCAACGCCAGGGCACAUGUCGCAUCUUCUUAUGUCCAAUCAACGAUGAGCGUGGCACACCAUUAUCAUUCGAAGAGCAACGCAAACUGAUGCUGGAAAUGGACAAAUUUACCGUGCAACUGAAUCCGGGAUCGAAUAUGAUUCGUCGCCGGUCGCAUGAAUCGAGUGUCACCAUUCCGUAUGAACGAUCUUUCCGACGCAUUGGCAGUCAAUAUCAACCCGUCGAUCCGGUACAGAGAGCUCAGUUCCAGUUUUGCGGUUGUGGUUGGCCGCAGCACAUGGUACUGCCCAAGGGAACGAUCGAUGGUGCACGAUUCAACAUUUUCGUAAUGAUUUCGGACUAUGACCUUGAUCGGGUCGAUCAGCCGGAUGCCAGCAAUGUGUGCAACGAUGCUGCAUCGUUCUGUGGAUUGAAGGAUCAAAAGUAUCCGGAUAAACGGGCGAUGGGCUUUCCGUUUGAUCGUCCGUACAGAGUCGAUCAACUGAUCGAUUUCAAGAAUCUCGGCACGAAUAUGGCCAUUGGCGAAUGUCAAAUUAAAUUUACCAAUGCGGUCAUCAAUCGCACGGCUGCAUGAGAAAAUGUACCAUUCUGAGCUUCGAUUGCAAUAAAUUUCUUAUACUUCGCCAAAACCGCA